UGUGUGCUUAAACAUUAGCGUGUCUUUUCAUGUUGACGAGAUGGGUUUUUUUUUUCUCUAUUAUUUUUCUACAGUAUGAUUUUUUUUUAAUUCUUCAAAGAAUAUUUCUUAUGCUUUGUGCGUCCUAAAUACGUUGUUCUUAACACAGCCAAUAUGGGAAAGAAAUUUAAAACUUGUACAAAUUAUCAGAGCCAACAACACUUGGACGAACAGAGUGACCAAGAACUAAAUGGUGUUCAAAUGAAGCUAAGUAAAAUGAAGGUUUCUAACGAGGAUGGUUCAGAAACUAGUGUGCCAUGUGAUAUUACACCUGACAGAAAAACAAGAAACCUUGACACAGAUUUUGUUUGUCGGCGAGGAUUACUGGCAAAAAUAAUGCGUACACCAUACGAAAAAAAGGAAGACUGGCUCAUAGCUGUGACACUUUAUAACGGGACUUAUUAUAUGGACGAUAUUGAGACUGAACAGAGAAAAAAGGACGAAGCAAAAUGGAAUGGAAGGGAAAUGUGUUGCUGGGGUUGGAAGUUUGAACAAUAUCUAACAGCAGAUUCCAAAGAUGGAGUACCGGAUCCAGACGCACAAUACAAUAACUGUGAAGCAUUCUACACUGUUGUUGAAGCACAACUGAACAAUCAUUCACUAGUGUUUUCCGGUGAAGUAGACGCUCUAAAUGUUGAAGAAGAAAAAGGUAGCUACUACGUGGAAUUCAAAACAAAUAGCGAAAUCACACGCCCAAGACACGAAAACAAGUUUAAGAGGUUCAAGUUAAUGAAAUGGUGGGCACAGAGCUAUAUCAUGGGCGUGCAAGAAAUAGUCUGUGGCUUUAGGGGCGGUAACGGAAUAGUACACAGACUGGAAUUCUACAAUACACAAGAACUGCCAAGCCUUGCAGCAGAGAGUUUACAGAAUCCAUGGAAACCAAACGUGUGCUUUAACUUCUUGGACCAGCUUCUGUCGUCUAUCAAAUCCAACAUAAAAACGGAUGACCACAAAAUAGUUCAUAUACUAAGUUGGUCCCCAAGGCAACCAGUCCGGUGCAGUCAACCGCUAGUGGACUCGGAACACAAUUUUUUUCCAGACUGGUACACAGAGGCUGUGAAAUAGUUUAAAACUCAGUUCUCAGAAUGUUCAUAAAUUUUAUAUUUAAUACUAAGAGUGAUUUUUAUUGAAUAUCAUCUUAUUUUUACUUUAAAAUAGUUACUUUACAGUAACUUACAAAAGUUUUGAAUUGAAUUUGUGUGAAGGCCCACUUGUAUACGCUAAAUAGUACAUUUUGUAUAGGUCUACUAACUUCUGUUUAAACAUUCAGUCUAGGCAUAUAAAUGUAAUGUUAUUUUCAAAGCAACAAGCUUUCUGCACAUAGAGUGAUAUAUCAAGUCUUUAGGUGUUAAAAUACUUCCAAGUAAAUAGGGUCACGGAACAUCUGCCCUACUGAUACAAGGUAAAUUCAUACUACAUGUAUAUCAAAACAAAAAGAAUAUCAAAGGAAAUUUUACAUUAUGUAUAACCUUGUUGUAGCUUAUGGUAAUUACAAUAUAUCAUGUCUAAAAAUAUUAUAGCAUUAUGAUAAACUGAUGCUUAUAUUCCUGUUGGUUUAUUUUACUAGUAUGUGUAAUUGAGUGUGUGUGGCAGAUAUUUUAUUGUACAGUCUCUAAUUUCAUUAUUUCUUCAAAUACUUUUUUCUAGACAUAUAUGUAUAUUUGUAGGACAUUUGCCCCAAAUGAAAAAUGAACUACUGGUCAUUUGCCCCAGUUGAAAUGGCAGAUAGGACAUUUGCCCCAAAUUGCUUAGUUUUGGAAUGGACAUUUGCUCCCCCACCCCCCACAUCCGAUAUUUUUGUCCUAUAUGCCAGUAUAUAACUAUGUUUUUUGUUGUUUUAUUAUCAGAAUUACUCUAAAAGGCAAUUUUCAUUUCAACAACUGUUUUAUAGAUAAUUAUAUGAUAAAUAUGUUAAUUACUUUCAGAUGUUAAUGUAAAUAAUAGCAUAUUAUUGAGUAGUAAAUUUUGAUUUGAUUUGGGUUUUAUGGCGCACUAACACAGUAUAGGUUAUAUGGCGCCAAACAGGACUACAAAUUUUGAUUUCACAUCUCAUUUACACCGAAAUAAAAACAUGAGGGAUGGAAUCAAAAUUUGUAUACCUGCUAGAGACUUACAGCAAAACCAAGUGUUAAGACCCUAUUAAUCGCCUCUUACGAUCAUGCAAGGGUAAGACAGUGGUUCCAAUUCUUUUCAUACACAGAUCGUCCCAAAACCACAUGGGGUGAGUAGUGCUCAUAACAGCGUUAUAAUUUCUACAUUAGUGUAUGUCCGGAUCCUAUAUGUAUAAACAAAGACAGUGAUUUUUCUUGCUGUCUGUGUAACCAGGUUUUUCAAAGUUUGAAACAGGGUCAUUAGAUUUUCGAUGUUGUUGGGUUAUUGAUGGAUAUAUUAUGACGCUUCCUUUUUCAUACAUAUUUAUAUUAUGUAAUGUGUCAUAAUAUAUGAAUACAAUUAUUAGUCAAUGAAAACACAGUAUGUCAAAAAUUUUGACUUUCAUAACCAAAUUUAGUAUCAAAAUAAUUGUCUUUGAAUCAGGAUUAUGUUUAUCAUAAUUUCAAUAUUCAGUUUAAAAUUUGAACUUUGUUCCAAAUAUUUUAAAACUAACAAAAGUUUUAAUACAUAUUUUUCUUAAAAUAUUGUCAGGCAUAUUAGACAGCUUAUUCUAACACGAUCCGCAGCAAUUGCUAUAUAAACAUAUAGUGAAAUCGCCUAUACAUGAAUCUACGAUAAAAUAUGGUUGGCUGUUACAUUUCACCCCCUAUGAUUGUAACAUAAGAGAUUCUACUUCAGUUCCAUUACAUACGAAUUAUUUCAGGGCCAAACGGUUGAAAACAGCAUUUCAAAAACAUAAAUAUAAUAUGAACUUAGGUGCUACCUAGAAGGCAGAGCUCCCUUGAAAAAUCACCAGUGCCCCUUGAAAAUUAAAGGAGUGCUGCUGGAAUGACCUGGAAUUAUGGAUCCGUUUUAGGAAGUUUAUGUUCUUUAAGAUCUAUUAAAAUUUUCAUGAAUUAAUGAUAAUUCCUGAUUUCUGAAUGAAUGUCUUAGAAUGCAUUAAGAUUAAAUCUAAAGAAAGUUACAGUUCUUUUUAGAAAGAAUAAUGUGUCCAACUUUAAGGCAAAAUACUGCUAUGAUAGACCUCUGGUAUGGGAGAAUGAAAAUCAUUUACAUGUACAAAGCUGUUUAAAAACCAAAAGACUAGCUUUGUACAUGUAAAUGAUGAGAAUUUUACCCAGAGAAAAUCACUUUUUUGCCGAAAUUCUCGAAAACUUCUGUUUUAUUUACUGAACUGCGAAGUUAACAUUUUUAUGGUUAAUCUUUUAGCACAACUGAUACAGAUUAGGAAUGGUAGUUACUAGUAGGAGCCUUUUUGAUGUUUAUUGAUAAUUCAUAGUCAAUAGUUUUUUUUUUUGUAAUAAACUCUGGUCAGUGAUUUUUAAGCUUGUGGAUGAAAUAUAUGUUAACAGGGAGAAGAGCAUUUUGUGCUUUUCACAGUUCAAUGCCUGUAAAUUUUGAUCCAAAAACCUUUUUUUUUUUUUUUUUAAAAAAAAAGUUUUAUCUACUGACUACUGUAGGCUACAGACAGUACUACAUUGGAAUCUGACAUCACUAACAAAACACUUGUUAAAUAUCACAUGAAUGACUUUAUUGUUUUUACAAUACUUUCAAAACCCAUAAUAAAUAAAAUAAAAAAAAACUGAAAUAAAAAAGAAAUUAAAAAAAAAAAAAGACGCUUCUGGUGAGGAUCGAACUCCCGACCUGUGGAUUUCAACGCGACCUCGCUAACCAAUGCACCAGUGUGGAAGUAUGACGUCAUCACCACAAAUAUAAGUAUACUGGGUAUACCAAUUACCGGGAGUCUUAUAUUCAGUGGACUCUAUUUAUAACAAAAUGAUUUUAUGAAAGGAUAAAUUUUAUUCUGUUUGAUUAAUUUAUAUUUUAGCUUUAGACUUUUGGGAAAAAAAUCGUCAAAACACCAGGUAAAAGUUCCACUAUUGUCAUUCAAAGAACAGAGGUGGGGAAUUUUAGUAUUUUCUGGCAUAUACCUAUUACCGUGAAUUUCAACUUUCAGUCUAAAGCAGUUGUUAAAUUGAACUAAGACAAAGAAAGCAUUUCUAUUUUACAAUGGGCCAAACUAAAUAUGAAAAAGAUAUGGCAGAAGUAAGCAACUUCAUUGAAAAUUUGUGGUGAAAAAUUGCAAAGUUUAACCAUAAUGAGCAGUCACUUAGCUAAAUUCCUUAAUUUCUGGGAUCAGUGUGAAAUAAAAAGAAAGACACUCCAAUUUACAAAAAUAGUUUUGCUAAAGAUCUAAGCACAUUGAGCAUAAAUAAUGAGAGAAAAAUUGUAAAGCAAUUUUCAUGUUAAGUAUUAAAACAGGACAUUCACGGUAAUAUGUAUAUCCCGGUAAUUGGUAUACCCAGUAUAUAUAUAAUAAACUUCAGUUGCGGCAGCGUGACGAAAAUCGUUUCACAUUGAAAAUAUUGUAUUUUACCUUUCUUUCUUCGUAGAAAAUGUAUUUAGCACUAAAUUCUUAUUAUCAGGCGCUAAUUUACAUUUUUAUUCAACGUUCAAAGCAGUAAGCGAAACGCUUUUGUCAACUGUAAACAACAAGCGUCUAUUGACGUCUUACUGAUUAAUUACUAUGAGCAUUGCGUACUGGAAGAAACCCGAACAACACCGAUUCCAAAAACUUACCACGAAUUUUCAACUCGAUAGUAAUGUCUGUACACAGUUUUAUUCAUUUUCUUUUUCACACGUCUAACCGUAAUGCGACGCUGUCGGCGCCGCUUUGCGGCGCCGGUAGCUCUGCUAAUAAAAA